AUGGACAAAAACAUCUACCUUUAUAAUCGCGUUUCUUUAACCAUAAUUAAACCCGAUUAUUCAACAGACUACUAUUUAAAAUAUCCAAUCAACAAACUUCGAAAUAUUGGAAUCAAAACGGCACCAACGGAUUAUAUUUUUGUUAUGGAUGCAGAUUUUGUUCCAACUUCUCAAUUAUACCAUAUUGCAACUUCUACAUUGAUCCCUUUAUUACUGCAAUCAUCCUAUCCAACCGCUUUCGUGGUUCCAUGUGUUGCAUUACUUGAAACCUAUCGUGGAAAAUUUCCAAAUACUAUUCCUGAAUUACGAAGUUUGUUUCGCCAAGGUAUUGCUUAUAUAACUGAUCCGAACGUAGGUCACGGUCCAACUGGAACAAACAUUUUUCUUGCUCAUCAAUUGUACACUUCAUUACCUUAUUAUGAGGUUUGUUAUGAAUCUCAAUGGGAACCGUAUUACAUUAUAUCCAAAAAUGCUCCAUUAUAUGAUGAACGAUUUCGUAAUCAAGGUGGUGACAAACAACAACAUGCAUUUUCACUUAAUGCAUUAGGGUAUAGAUUUUUUGUAUUGAAAGAACAUUUUAUAUAUCAUAAAGAUCAUCCAAAAAUAGAUUGGCCUGAUGGUGGUUUAAGACGUGGACAAUUGUCCAAGGAUCAAUUUAAUUAUUUUCAGCAUUAUAUUCCGGAAAUGCAAAACAUAUUUGGGUUUAAUGUUAG